UCAAUAAUGAAGGUGGCUGCGGCGCGGCGGCAGGCUCAGCUGCGCCGGGCGGGGGCGGCACCGGGGCCGCUCCUGUAGGACCUCGGGGCCGGCGCGGCGGGAUGGGGACACGGCGUGGGGAGUGAGGUGGCGGCGCGAGCGGAACUUCAGCCCGAGGGGCUCGCCCGCUCCCUCCUCUGGCUCAUCGGCGUCCACCUGCAGCCCCUCGGUCCCUCGCUUCGCGGGGCCGGGACGGCGACGGCGGGGGCAUGUGGCGCUGGGUCCGGCAGCAGCUGGGUUUUGACUCACCUCAUCAAAGUGACACAAGAACUAUUUACAUAGCCAACAGGUUUCCUCAGAAUGGCCUUUAUACACCUCAGAAAUUCAUAGAUAACCGGAUCAUUUCAUCUAAGUAUACUGUGUGGAAUUUUGUUCCAAAAAAUUUAUUUGAACAAUUCAGAAGAGUGGCAAAUUUUUAUUUUCUUAUUAUAUUUUUGGUUCAGCUUAUGAUUGAUACACCUACCAGUCCAAUUACCAGUGGACUUCCAUUAUUCUUUGUGAUAACAGUAACUGCCAUAAAGCAGGGAUAUGAAGAUUGGUUACGACAUAACUCAGAUAAUGAAGUAAAUGGAGCUCCUGUUUAUGUUGUUCGAAGUGGUGGCCUUGUAAAAACUAGAUCAAAAAACAUUCGGGUGGGUGACAUUGUUCGAAUAGCCAAAGAUGAAAUUUUCCCUGCAGAUUUGGUGCUUCUGUCCUCAGAUCGACUCGAUGGUUCAUGUCACGUUACAACUGCUAGUUUGGAUGGAGAAACUAACCUGAAGACACAUGUGGCAGUUCCAGAAACAGCAUUAUUACAAACAGUUGCCAAUUUGGAUACUCUUGUAGCUGUGAUAGAAUGCCAGCAACCAGAAGCAGACUUGUAUAGAUUCAUGGGACGAAUGAUAAUAACUCAACAGAUGGAAGAAAUCGUAAGUUAUUCCUUGUCGUUUUCUAUCUCCUUUAUGGAGAGAAAUUCAAACUGCAAGAAGACCCGUACUCCAAGAAGUGUGCAAUGCAAACCUCUGGGGCCAGAAAGCCUCUUGCUUCGUGGAGCCAGAUUAAAAAACACAAAAGAAAUUUUUGGUGUUGCUAUAUACACCGGAAUGGAAACUAAGAUGGCGUUAAAUUACAAGAGCAAGUCACAGAAACGAUCUGCAGUAGAAAAGUCAAUGAAUACAUUUUUGAUAAUUUAUCUAAUAAUUCUUAUUUUGGAAGCCAUCAUCAGUACUAUUUUGAAAUAUACAUGGCAAGCUGAAGAAAAAUGGGAUGAACCUUGGUAUAACCAAAAAACAGAACAUCAAAGAAAUAGUAGUAAGAUUCUAAGAUUUAUUUCAGACUUCCUUGCUUUUUUGGUACUCUACAAUUUCAUCAUUCCAAUUUCAUUAUAUGUGACAGUCGAAAUGCAGAAAUUUCUUGGAUCAUUUUUUAUUGGCUGGGAUCUUGAUCUCUACCAUGAAGAAUCAGAUCAGAAAGCUCAAGUCAACACUUCUGAUUUGAAUGAAGAGCUUGGUCAGGUGGAGUAUGUAUUUACAGAUAAAACUGGUACACUGACAGAAAAUGAGAUGCAUUUUCGAGAAUGUUCAAUUAAUGGCAUAAAAUACCGAGAAAUAAAUGGUAGACUUCUACUUGAAGGACCAACACCAGACUCUUCAGAAGGAGACUUAUCUUAUCCUAGUAGUUUAUCUCAUCUUAACAACUUAACCCAUCUUACAACCAGUUCCUCUUUUAGAACCAGUCCUGAAAAUGAAACUGAACUAAUUAAAGAACACGAUCUCUUCUUUAAAGCAGUCAGUCUCUGUCACACUGUACAGAUUAGCGGUGUUCAGACUGAUGGCAUUGGUGAUGGUCCCUGGCAGUCCAACCUGGCACCCUCCCCAUUGGAGUACUAUGCAUCUUCACCAGAUGAAAAGGCUCUAGUUGAAGCUGCUGCAAGAAUUGGUGUUGUAUUUAUUGGCAAUUCUGAAGAAACUAUGGAAGUUAAAACACUUGGAAAACUGGAACGGUACAAACUGCUUCAUAUUCUGGAAUUUGAUUCAGAUCGUAGGAGAAUGAGUGUAAUUGUUCAGGCACCUUCAGGUGAGAAGUUUUUAUUUGCUAAAGGAGCUGAAUCAUCUAUUCUCCCUAAAUGUAUAGGUGGAGAAAUAGAAAAAACAAGAAUUCAUGUAGAUGAAUUUGCUUUGAAAGGGCUCCGAACUCUGUGUAUAGCCUAUAGACAGUUAACUUCUAAAGAGUAUGAGGAAAUAAAUAGAUGCUUAUUUGAAGCCAGGACUGCCUUGCAGCAACGGGAAGAGAAAUUGGCAGAUGCCUUCCAGGUCGUAGAAAAAGACUUGACAUUACUUGGAGCUACAGCAGUGGAAGACAGACUACAAGAUAAAGUUCGAGAAACUAUUGAAGCAUUGAGAAUGGCUGGUAUCAAAGUAUGGGUACUUACUGGAGAUAAACAUGAAACAGCUGUUAGUGUGAGCUUAUCAUGUGGACAUUUUCAUCGAACCAUGAACAUCCUUGAACUUAUAAACCAGAAAUCAGACAGCGAAUGUGCUGAACAAUUGAGGCAGCUUGCCAGAAGAAUUACAGAGGAUCAUGUGAUUCAGCAUGGGCUGGUAGUAGAUGGGACCAGCCUAUCUCUUGCACUCAGGGAGCAUGAAAAACUAUUUAUGGAAGUUUGUAGAAAUUGUUCAGCUGUAUUAUGCUGUCGUAUGGCACCACUACAAAAAGCAAAAGUAAUAAGACUGAUAAAAAUCUCACCUGAGAAACCUAUAACAUUGGCUGUUGGUGAUGGUGCUAAUGAUGUGAGCAUGAUACAAGAAGCACAUGUUGGCAUAGGAAUCAUGGGUAAAGAAGGAAGACAGGCUGCAAGAAACAGUGACUAUGCAAUAGCUAGAUUUAAAUUCCUCUCCAAACUGCUUUUUGUUCAUGGUCAUUUUUAUUAUAUUAGAAUAGCUACCCUUGUACAGUACUUUUUUUAUAAGAAUGUGUGCUUUAUCACACCCCAAUUUUUAUAUCAGUUCUACUGUUUGUUUUCUCAACAAACACUAUAUGACAGCGUGUACCUGACUUUAUACAAUAUUUGUUUUACUUCCUUACCUAUUCUGAUAUAUAGUCUUUUGGAACAGCACAUAGACCCUCAUGUAUUACAGAGCAAGCCCACCCUCUAUCGAGACAUUAGUAAAAACCAUCUCUUGAGCAUUAAAACAUUUCUUUAUUGGACCAUCCUAGGUUUCAGUCAUGCCUUUAUUUUCUUUUUUGGAUCCUAUUUUCUAAUAGGGAAAGAUAUAUCUCUGCUUGGAAAUGGCCAGAUGUUUGGAAACUGGACAUUUGGCACCUUGGUCUUCACAGUCAUGGUUAUUACAGUCACAGUAAAGAUGGCUUUGGAAACACAUUUUUGGACUUGGAUCAACCAUCUUGUUACCUGGGGAUCUAUUAUAUUUUAUUUCAUAUUUUCUUUGUUUUAUGGAGGGAUUCUCUGGCCAUUUUUGGGCUCCCAGAAUAUGUACUUUGUGUUUAUUCAACUCCUAUCAAGUGGUUCUGCUUGGUUUGCCAUAAUCCUCAUGGUUGUUAUGUGUCUAUUUCUUGAUAUUGUAAAGAAAGUAUUUGACCGACAGCUCCAUCCUACAAGUACUCAAAAGGCACAGCUUACUGAAACAAAUUCAGGUGUCAAGUGCUUGGACUCCAUGUGCUGUUUCCCAGAAGGAGAAACAGCGUGCGCAUCUAUUGGAAGAAUGCUGGAACGAGUUAUAGGAAGAUGCAGUCCGACCCACGUCAGCAGAUCAUGGAGUGCAUCGGAUCCUUUCUAUACCAACGACAGGAGCAUCUUGACUCUCUCCACAAUGGAUUCAUCUACUUGUUAAAGGGGCUUUGUGGAAGCCAUUUCACCUCCUUUCCAAAAAUUCAGUGUAAUCGUCCUGUUAGUGGCCACACUAGCUCUGAAAUGACUUUCUGAAAUCUCUGGAUAAUUUAUACCCACUUAGAGUUAUAAUGGCAAACAAACAGAAAACAUUAACAGGAACCCCUCCCGACCCCCUUAAUUUGAAUCUGAACAUGUUAAAAUUUUUGAAUAAAGAAACUUUUUUUUA